CGCACCCGCUCCCGGCCCGACGCUCGCACCCGCGGCCGGCAGCAUGCCCGGAGCGCCACGCCAGCGCUCGGAGCCCCUGGAGGAGCCGCUGCGCCAGGAGGACCUUCUCCUGGCAGCCGCCUAUGUUUCCGAUGCCCAGUAUAACAGAAAUGUGCCCUUUGAAACAUCUCCUCAGGCCGUCAGACUUUAUUAUUUGUAUAACCACUGGAUGAUGCGAGUAGCCACAUACUUCUUUAUCUGUGUGGACCUUUCUCUUGCCCUGUUUGAGGAGCCCGCGCUGUUUCCACUCCCUUUCUUGGCCACCUCCAUGGUGGAAGUGCUCUGUCUCACUGCAUUCUUCGGGAGGCUCUUACACUUUGCCAAGGUCACAUCGCCAAAGGUCUUCUGGAAGGACACCAAGAACAUCUGCAUCCUGGUCACCAUCGCGCUGACCCUGGUGGACCUGAUUAUCUACGGAUCCUUGGAAGCCGUCAACAUCCACAGCAUCCGCUGGUCCAGGGCCCUGAGGCCUGUCUUCCUGAUUAACUGUCCUGACAGUCGCCAGAUCCGCAGAGCUUUCCGAAGCAUCCGGAAGACGCUGCCCGACAUCCUUUAUGUCUUCCUCUUGUUCAUGUUCAGUAUGCUCAUCUUCUCCUUGAUGGCCUUGAAGCUGUUUGGGGACCGGGGCCUUAAGACGAGGGAGGGAUCGCACUACUUUACCAACAUCCUGGAGAUCGCCUUUGAGCUCUACGUGCUGGUCACCACUGCCAAUAGCCCGGAUGUGAUGAUGCCUGCCUAUGAUGCCAACUGGUGGUACUCACUGUACUUUAUCACCUACAUCAUCAUCAACACCUACAUCUUCAUGUCCGUCUUUCUGGCUGUGGUCUACAACAACUACAGGAAGCACUUAAAGAAUGAGCUUCGCACACUGGCCUUCCUGAAGCGCCACAAGAUGUUGGAGGCGUUCAGCAUUCUGAGAGUCCACGUGGGUGCGGAAUUCGUGGUUCCCGAGGCUCGCUGGAGGCAGCUGGUCAAGCUUGUGGCACCCGACACCAGCAGCUCCCACCUGGAAUUGCUUCUCCAGAUCUGUGAUGAAGGCCAGAAGGGAUAUGUGGACAAAAUGAACUUUGUCCGUCUGGCUGAUCUCCUCAACAUCCAGGUGAUCACCAUCAGCAUCAGGGCACACCCACUGGAAACCUGGAUUCCCCGGGUAUACCAGUCAUCUGCAAGCCUCUGGAUCCAGAAGAUGGUUCGGCACAGGGUUUUUGUCUGGGUGUAUGACAUCAUCAUUCUUAUAAAUGCCAUAUUCAUUGCUCUGGAUGAGAAAAAUCCAUUCAUCUCCUACGCAGAAUGGCUCUUCCUUGCUCUCUAUGUGAUUGAGAUUCUCCUGAAACUCUACACGUACGAGCCCAGGGCCUACCUGGGAAGGAAGAAAUUCUGGAAUUGGUUUGACACGCUGAUCAUCGUCGCUGCGCUGCUGGCCACCGUGGCCAACACCUUCAUUCAGUCAGCCAGAAAAUACAACAGCCAGCAGAUCCUGGACAUCGUCCUGAUACUGAGGGUCCUUCGUCUCCUGAGGGUCAUUGUCAGCAUUCAGAGAUUCCGGGUUAUCGUGACCACCUUGAUUAACAUUGGACCCACGAUGCUGACUUUUGGGGGACUCGUCUCGGUGGUAUACUACGUGUUCGCCAUCAUCGGAAUGGAGAUGUUCCAUGGCAAAGUUCGCUUCUUGGGCCCCAACCUCACCAUCCCUGGGGCUCUGCUGUGCGGGAACCCGGCGCUGAAGGACUCAGAGUUCGCCCGCAAUGGCUACUGCAAGAACAACUUCAAUGACCUUGCCACAGCCCUCGUCACGCUCCUGGAGCUCACGGUGGUCAACCAGUGGCACAUCCUCGCCGAUGGCUUUGCCCGCGUGACCCACCAGGCAGCCAGACUCUACUUCAUCGGCUUCCAUGUCGUGGUCGUCAUCCUGAUUGUCAACAUUUUCAUAGCGUUCAUCUUGGAGGCGUUCUUCGUGGCAUAUUCACUGGAAAAAAGUGAAGUAGAAACUGCUAUAGAAAAGAAGAUCCAAGAGCUAGGAGUGGGAGUCCAAGAGGACGAGGACAAGGAUGGGACCCUCAUUGACAACAUGGACGUGAAGGACAAUGGCUUCAGUAGGGAUGACGAAGACGACCAGAGGAAGGCCUUGAAAGGCUCGUACUUCAGGAUCGCAUCUAAGAAGUACAGGACGGUGGAUGCUUUGCUGCAGCGCAUGUUUGAGUGUGAAAUUGCUCCCGAGGAUGAAGCCCCCGCCCUGGAUGCACCUGAACGUCUCGGCCAGCGACAGCUGCCUCCAGAGCCCCCAACUCUGAGAGCUUGAUGUGGAGCCCCGAGGGCCCACAGCUGGAAGAGAGAAGCCGCCCCUCCCCCCCCGGCUUCUGUGGAGACCCUUGUCCCUGCCCAGGUCUCUUCUGUGGCUCGCCAGCCCGUGGGCCAGCUCCCUGUGUGUCCCAGGUUGGGCCCAGGUUCCAGGGCCUGACGGUGAGGUGAGGGAGGCAUGAGGAGAAGGCCAGGGGCGACACAGGCUCAGACCUCCUCAAGGAGACCCACGUGCCUGAACCUUUCAUCUGUUUCUGUGUGGUGUUCUGCUCUUCUGUUCAAAGACUUCUGUGUGACCAGGUAAGCGUGGGACACGCGGGCCUGUGCCGAUGGCGUGCGUGCUCGCGCUGCUGCCCUGGGAUGCAGCACUUACUCCGGAUGAAGAAAGCUGUGUAGGUGGAGCGAAAGUUUGGGGACAGUUGCUGCUUUGUCUUGGGGAAGACGCCACGCUUCUUGGGUGAAAUGAGUUACAGCAAGAUUUUGAGUGCAGUUACUUACUGUACUCUGAGGAAAUUUCCCCUUUACUAGAAAUCUCCCAGAAAAGCAACGUGCUCCUUCUAAAAGACGACAAGGAAUUCCUAUUCUUUUAAUUUCGAAUGGACCGGAGCGACAGCACAGCGGGUAGGGCGUUUGUCUUGCACGCAGCCUCCCCAGGUUCGAUUCCUCCACCCUCUCGGAGAGCCCGGCAAGCUACGGAGAAUAUCCCGCCUGCAUGGCAGAGCCUGGAAAGCUACUUGUGGCGUAUUCGAUAUGCCAAAAAUAGUAACAACAAGUCUCACAAUGGAGACAUUACUGGUGCCCACUUGAGCAAAUCGAUGAACAAUGGGACGACAGUGCAGUGCUAGACAGUUUAUUUCAAAUGUUCCAUUGUGGCAAAAUGCAGUUAAAAUGGACCAUCAGGGGCUGGAGCAAUAGUGCAAUGGGCAGGGUGGUUGCCUUACAUGGGAUGACCUGGGCUUGAUCCCUGGCAUCACAUACGGUUCCUUAAGCCCUGCCAGCGGUGACCCCUGAGUGCAGAGUUAGGAGUAAGCCCCGAGUACAGCUGGGCCUGGUCCCCCCAUAAACAAACAGAAUCUCCAAAUGGAUCAUCUCCACGCUAAACGUAUAGCUCAGUGGUGUUAAGUAUGUGACAGACCCACCAACUUUGCAUCAUCCCUGGCCCAGGGGUGACCACUAACCCUCCUCCUCUGGGCCUGGCAAUCACUGAUCAACUUUGUGUUUCUGAGUUUGACACUUCUGGGAGCUAACUGCCCCUUGAUGAGAGUAGACCUUUCGGGAAGGGUCCGCGUCCAAGGCUUUAGGGCCCACUCCAGCAGGAACAGUCCCUAUGGGGGCUGUGUGGGGAGGGCGUCCUGCAUCAGGGCGUGUCCUGCCUCUGGUGGCAGCUGAAGCAGGCCUGAGAGGGGCUUCUCGACUGUAGGGGGUGGCCUGGUGGCACGGCACCUCGCCAUGGCUUGGGGUUUUAUCUUUGUGUCAGACUCCUCGCCUGUGACUGGGAUGCACAGCUCCUUCUCACGCAGGGACAGGAGGAGGGCGAGAGUGGGGGGAGGGCUGGCUCAGCUCGCUCUGCUCUGCUCCCCUUGUUGGGGAUGGGUCGGGUCUGCCUGGUGUUGGCCACCGGGGUCGGAGUCACAUCGCUGCGAUGAUUCCCAGAGGUGGGGCUGUUGCCUGGCCAGCUGAUGGGGGUUGUGGAGUCCUGCCAUUCUCCCAGAUCCUUGUUCUUUGAAUAUUUAACACUCCUUUAAAGCAUUCUACCAAGGACUGUUAUAUAAAGUACUGUAACAAUUCAACGGCAACUUCAUUCUCAUGUGAAGCAAUGCUGGUGAUUUUUGUUAGAAAACAAUGCAGUUCGUUAUAAAAAGUUCAACAUGGAAAUAUGGUAAAAAUUUAAGUUACUUUACCCAGGCCCCCAUAUUCUAUCUCAUACCUUCUUUUUACUAAAGUGCUGCCUAGUGUCCUAGGUAAUUCUGUAUGUUCAGUGUUAAUAACAAUAUAGACCUCUGUGU